CGCGGUGGCCGCAGAACUACAGCUCCCGUCGUGCCCCGCCCGCCCCCUGCGAACGGGGCGAAAGGCCUGGAAGCGAGAGGGGCUCUGGCGGUGUCGUCCAACUUCGGGCGCGGCGCGGCCCGGCGAAGGGAUGGCAGCGCUGGGCAGAUCCUGUCAGGGCAUCCCCGGGGGUCCCGCGCUGGAGUUCCCGCAGGCCGCCGCCCCCGACCGCCCCGUCCUGCCCGGCGACGCCGUGGGCUGCGUGCAGAUGGUGGGGAACGGGAGCGACGGCGGCUGCGGCUCCUCCGGCGUGUGCCCGCCCGGCAGCUUUGACAUCGCCUCCUUGGCCGCGCUCGGGAGUUACAACGAGGCCGUGGCCGUGCCCCCGGUGGGCUCCUUCACGCCCGCGCCGCACCCCCAGCAGAGCCACAGCCGUGUCUCUGUCCGAUGUGGAAAGAAGCAUAAGCUAGAAGAAGAGUCAGAAGGUUGUCCCGUGAAGAAGAAGAGACUGACAGGAGCCAAAAACUGCCCUUUGAAUCCCAGCACUGAAGAGUGGAUUCUCUGUGCAGGUCAGCAGGCAGCUGGGGAGGUAGCAACAAGUCAGUAUGGUGGCAGCCGUCCUGAAACUGCCAUGUUAGAAAUUCCCUGUGAAGAAAUGGAGCAGACAAUGGGGGAACAGCAAUGCGAGGUUGCUCGCAGGAAGCUUCAGGAAAUUGAGGACAGGAUAAUUGAUGAAGAUGAGGAAGUUCAUGCUGAUGGAAAUGUUAGCAAUCUGCCCACUCUUAUCCUGUCAGAUACCCUUAAAAAAGGGAUGAAGAGGGAUUUUGGUGAAGUCCUGACAAAGAAAAUAAUAGAGUCUAUGAGCCGUCCUUCUAUGGAGCUGGUGCUUUGGAAACCACUUCCUGAAUUUCUCACAGAUAAACUGAAGCCUGUUUCUGUUAAGAACUUCAGGCAGCAGAGUACUGAAGGGUGUCAAGCUAAGCAGUCAACACCGAGAGCUGCUUUUGACCCACAGACUGAAACAUUCCCUGAAUCACAACAGACUGCCAUGUCUCCAGAUCCGUAUGCCAGUUUGGGAAUCUCCGGAUGUGCAGAAGAAGAAAUGGAGCUGUAGAUGCCAAACUGUAGACUGAAAGUGGUGACCUUGUGAUGGUUUUUUCUGUUGUUAUUUUGAUUCCCUCUUUCCUUCUGGUUUGUGUGAAUCUGAAGUUUGAUUAUGGCUUUUUUUGUUUUCCUAGUAGCAAUCGUAAGAACGUGGGUUGGCCAGCCACAACUUUAGGAAAAGUUACAAAAAGAUAAUUCUGGUCUGUUAAAUAUUCUCAUUUUUACUGAGAAGGCAACCCAGAGGCCUUUGGAGCAAGGAAGCAGCUUUCCAUCUCUGUCAAUGAUGAAAUAUCCUCCUAAUGUCCCUGGAAAGGUUUAAAAUCCAAAUGACUGAAUGUUGUGGUGGCUCAAGCCAUGCUUUACACUUACUGAGCCAUUAGGACCGGUGCAUAUACUGUGCUUGGUCAGUUACUUUUAUUCACAUUAGAGAAAGGUAUUGAAAGGAAGACAUACUCCUGAGUCUAGUCAGAGACAGGAAAGUCACCCCUGUAGAAAUACAGCUCUUCACACAAUUGUUGUUUCAUCUGCAGCUUGCGCUUGAUGUAAACUCCAGUAUUGAAGUGAUACAUUCUGCAACUUGGUAGGGAAGGAAUGUUAUAGCUGAGCAGAAGCCUCUUGCUUUGUAGGAAGUAAAACUGGCUACUAUCUAGCGAGGUAUCUACUAACUAUAGUCUUCUUUGGUUUUUGGUCUCAUAAAUUGUGGGGUUUUUAAUGCCCCUCCUCCCCAAAUGGCACGAAGUCUAGAGAGAUGUGGUUCCCAAGCCAACUGAUGCACAUUUGACAUCGUGAUGUGAUUCUUUAUAUGCACUGAGCUGGCGAGUCAGUUCAAGACAGUGUAACUUGAUUAAAUAAAAGUGAUAUCUUUUAACUUUUCUAAGGAUGGUAAGUAAAUCAGAUAAGAGGGAGCCGAUUUUCUAGGGUAAAGGGGGUCAAAUGCUGAAUGCCAAGGUAAGUCAGUCCCAGACUUUGAGACUGCUGACACGGAUGGUGAAUGGAUGCUUGCCGUUUGCAUGAGGAAACCUAGAUUUAUGGUCCAAGCUAGAACAUGCCAUUAACAUGAUGCCACAUAGUUUGAACAGAUGUAUGCCAAAAUACUUUUGUAUCCUGCUCAGGGUGUUUAGGAAUCCUCAAUGCGCUAUUGCUCGUACCUUUUCUCAAUGCACACCACUUCCAUUACACUUAAACAAGGCAGAGAAUAUCAUCUUCCCGGUCUUAACUCCUCUGCCUGUUCUAGAGAAACCCAAACUGAGGCUUUUCUUGAGAAAAAUUCCUUGCCAAGUAAUGGAUUCUAUUGAGUCUUGGCAUCCCAGUCUGUAUUUGACAUCCUGCUAGCAUGAAGGAGCAAGUACGCUGGCCUCUGAGUAAUGCAGCUGUCUGCAUAAGAAAACUUAUUCUUCCUGUGCGCAGCUCAUUGAUAAUCUUUGUGAUUUUUAAUGUCUAAAUAACCAUAGUUAAGAGAUUCAAAUCAAACUUCUGUUUUUGCAGUCAUUCUUUCUUCUCUUUUGGCUUACAACAGCAGCUUUCUUUGAAAGCCAUCCCUGUGAGUUAAACCCUGUGUCUAUCUUGCUCUUCUCGUUGAAGGUUUUCUGAAAUUUGCUGUCUCUUGCUAAAAUAUUUCAGAGCUUCACUAAAAACAUUCCAACAUUGAAAUAGUAUUACUCCAAAAACUGGCAUCUAAGUACCGUUCUGGGACUUCGGAGAGUGUGUGCAGCUUUUUCUUGCUCAUGUAUCUAUUUCAGAGUCUGCUAUAAAUCUCUUGCAUGUAAUGUGUAAAAUUUCUCAUGUAUUAUUAUACCGUUGAACUUGCUUAAGAUGUACAGCCUUUGACCUGCUACAUGGCUUGAACAUAAAGUCAUGCAGUUUGGGGCAGGCUGUAGUCACUGCGGGUAGAAAACGCGGUGCUCUGAAUAUCUGUUUUUAAGGUUGCAGGACUGUAGUGAAAGCUGAAGAUUGGGACUGUCUUAGCUGAUAGCUCUGAUGCUAAAGAAAUGGAAAAGGCUAAAAAUUCCAAAAAUUUGAUGAAACCAUCUCAGCAAUACUUAAAUUUUGGCAUAGAAUAUAGGAAACUCUGGGAAGCCUAAAUGCUACUGUUACAGCCAGAGAGUUUCUUCCCUCUUAAAAUACUGAAUGACAAAUUGUCCUUUAAAUUAAAUACUGACCUGUUAUUCUGCCACCUGAAAGAAUCUACUGCUACAAAGACCAUGGGAUGGGAAAGAACUGCGUCCAAUGGAUUUGCUUUAGUUUAGAAGAUUUAAUUUUUUAUAAAGUAUUUAUGAUGUUACGAGAACAGGGCUGGUAGGGGAGGAAAAGAGUGUGGGUAAAGCAGGAACCAGUUACCCAGGAGCAAAAUCAUUGCUCUAGCAAUUGGUGAGGGAAGAGAGGACAAGCUACCAAGCGUUUUCAAACUUCUGUACUUGUAAGAGUUUGAGUUGUUGUUGCCUUCCUGAAAUGACUUUAUUAACUCUGUUGGCAAGGAAGAUAGAAGUGUGAUGCAGUAUUAGGAAGAAGUUUUAUUUUGCAAUAUGGAAGAUCCGAUUCUGGUCUGUCUUCUCUUGGGGCCAAAUCACCAUUUGUAUGUGAGUUUUUCAAUAAAUUUUCUGAAGUAUUUUUA